AGAAGGGGGAGGAGGAGGAGGAGGACCAGGACUCAUCAGGCCCGGCCCUUCGCCGCGCCUCGUUGCUCUUCGCUUCUCCGCCCUACGGUCCGCCGCCGCCGCCGCCACCGCGGCUGCUGCUUGUUUAGCGGGGGUGGCUUUGGCUACAGUGGGAGGCUUCGUUGUUUUUGUCCACCGCGAUCCGCGAGGGAAAGGAAGGCGGAGGAAAGGCCACGCACGGCUGGGCGCGCUUGGCUGCAGGAGGAGGCGCGGCGGGGCUGUUUUGUUCACCGCCGACGGACCCACAGACCAAUUGACCGACCCAUACAACGCCGUUCAGCGCUUCUGUCAGACGGUGACUGGCGCGGGUAGGAGGCGGGUUCCUUCUUGCCCUCGCUGGCGGGUAUGAGAAGGCCCCGCCGAACGGCAGCAGCACAAACGGCGGUCCUGCAGAGCCUGACGCAGAACCGGGCCCGGAGUCUCGACUGCUCCUGACAGCGCAGCCCACAGCCGCCUCCCCCUCCUCCUCCUCCUCCUCGCCAUGCGUCCCGCGCGGUGGUGGUCGGGGCCGGCCCUGGCUUUGGCCUUGGCCAUAACUCUGACUGGGAUGGGCACCUGGAGCCUGGCCAAGGUUUGUCCAAGUAUAGAUAUCCGGAAUAACAUGACCAAUUUCAGCAUGCUUGAGAAUUGUACUGUGAUUGAGGGACAUUUGCAGAUCUUGCUUUUGUUCAGAACUAAGGCUGAGGAUUUUCGAGAUCUCAGCUUUCCUAGGCUGACAAUGGUAACCGAAUACAUCUUGCUAUUCCGGGUCUACGGUGUGGAGAGCUUCAGGAAGCUUUUCCCCAAUCUUACUGUGAUCCGUGGGACUCAUCUCUUUUUCAACUAUGCUUUGGUCCUCUUUGAGAUGGUUCACUUGAAAGAGAUUGGCCUUUACAGCCUGAUGAACAUUACCCGAGGGUCCGUACGGAUUGAGAAGAAUCCCGAACUGUGCUUUUUGUCAACCAUUGACUGGUCUCGGAUUCUGGACUCCGUGGAAGAUAAUUAUAUUGUUGAUAACAAAGACAACAACGAGUGUGGAGAUGUAUGCCCAGGAAUAAUGCAAGGGAAAAGCACCUGUCCUCAAACUGUGGUCAAUGGUGAUUUCACUGAGCGUUGUUGGAGUCACGCCCAUUGCCAGAGAGUGUGUCCUCCCACAUGCAAGUCUCAGGGCUGUACCCCAACUGGCAAGUGCUGCCAUACAGAGUGCCUUGGCAAUUGCCUUGAGCCCAACAAUCCACGGAAGUGUGUGGCGUGCCGGAAUUUCUUUUUGGAUGGCAAGUGUAUAGAAACAUGUCCACCUAAUUACUAUCGCUACAAAGGCUGGCGGUGUGUGACUUUUGACUUCUGUCAGGAGCUGCACAAUAAAUGUAAGAUGGCCCGCAAGUCUGAAUGCCAUGUUAUCCACAAUGGCGAAUGUGUCUCUGAUUGCCCUUCUGGUUACAUCUUGAACUCUACCAACUUGCUGUGCACACCCUGUGCGGGUCUUUGUCCAAAAACGUGUGAUGUGGGUGAAGAAAAGAUAAUUGAUUCUGUUACUGCUGCACAGGCGCUCCGAGGCUGCACCAUUGUGAAUGGAAGUUUGGUUAUCAACAUUCGUGGAGGAACUAACAUUGCUGCUGAGUUGGAAGCCAACCUUGGUUUGAUUGAAGAAAUCUCAGGUUAUUUGAAAAUCCGUCGCUCCUAUGCCCUGGUCUCUCUCUCUUUUUUCCGCAAGCUGCACCUGAUCAGAGGACAGACUUUGGAAGUAGGAAAUUAUUCAUUUUAUGCCCUGGACAACCAGAAUCUCCGCCAGCUUUGGGACUGGAGCAAGCACAAGCUCUCUAUUGCCCGGGGGAAGCUGUUCUUCUAUUACAACCCCAAAUUGUGCCUGUCAGAAAUCCAUAAGAUGGAAGAGAUCUCAGGAACAAAAGGGCGCCAGGAGAAGAAUGACAUUGCUGUCAAGACCAAUGGUGACCAGGCUUCUUGUGAGAACGAAGUGCUAAAGUUUACUAAGAUAAAAACAUCCAGUGACAAAAUUGUACUGAAAUGGGAGCCAUACUGGCCACUGGACUUCCGUGACCUUUUGGGCUUCAUGGUGUUCUAUAAGGAAGCUCCCUUCCGGAACGUGACGGAAUUCGAUGGCCAGGAUGUUUGUAGCUCCAACAGCUGGACAGUGGUGGAUAUUGAUCCUCCUUCCCGGUCUGAUGCCAAAAUCAAAGAACCUGGGUAUCUGAUGCGGGGCCUGAAAGCCUGGACUCAAUAUGCCAUUUUUGUGAAGACACUGGUCACUCAUACAGAUGAGCAGAAAAUCUAUGGGGCAAAGAGCGAGAUCAUAUACAUUCGAACUAACGCUUCUGUGCCAAGUGUCCCCCAGGAUCCAAUUUCUGUUUCCAACUCUUCAUCACAGAUCAUUUUGAAGUGGAAACCACCUUCUUAUCCCAAUGGGAAUAUUACACAUUAUAUGGUAUCCUGGGAACAACAAAGUGAAGACAAUGAACUCUAUGAACUGGAUUAUUGUCUGAAGGGCUUGAAGUUACCCUCUUGGACAUGGUCUCCCCCUCUAGUAGAAGACCACAUCAAGCACAAUGGGACUGAGGAUGAAAAAAAAAGUGAAAUUUGUUGUACCUGCCCUAAAACAGAUUCUCAGAUCCAGAAGGAGUUGGAAGAAUCUGCCUUCCGGAAGACUUUUGAGAAUUACCUCCACAAUGAAGUCUUUGUUCAGAGGCCAGCGGAAGGAUCAAGGAGGCGGCGAGAUCUUGGGAGAGUUGCUAAUAGCACCAUGGUGGCUCCAACCACGCUGGGCUUGCUAAACAUGUCUACGACAACACCAGAGGAACCGAAGCCUUUUCAGAUGAUGGUUUUCAAGGAGUCAGUAGUCAUAUCCAACUUGCAACACUUCACAGGGUACCGGAUUGAGAUCCAAGCCUGUAAUCGUGAAGCUCUAACAGUAUGCAGCGUUGCAGCCUACAUCAGUGCCAGGACCAUGCCAGAAGUGAAAGCAGAUGACAUUGUUGGGCCUGUGACUCAUGUGUUAAUAGAGAAAAAUGUAGUCCACUUAAAGUGGCAGGAGCCGAAGGAGCCAAAUGGGCUGAUCAUCCUCUAUGAAGUAAAUUAUGGACGCCUUGGAGAAUCAGAGGAACAACGCUUUUGUGUAUCUCGUCGAGAGUUUUCCACUGAACAGGGCUGCAAGCUGAGAAGGCUGCAACCUGGCAACUAUAGUGUGCGCAUCCGAGCUACUUCAUUGGCUGGAAAUGGGUCAUGGACAGAGCCCGUCUACUUUUACAUUUCUGAUUAUUUGAAUGCUCCCACCAGUCUUGUAGCCAUCAUCGUUCCAACCAUUUUUAUUGUCUUUUUAUUCAUGUUUAUUGGAGGAGGUUAUGUCUUUAUCAAAAAAAGGCAAACAGAAGGACCAACAGGACCACUUUAUGCAUCUUCUAAUCCAGAGUAUCUCAGUGCCAGUGAUGUUUACAUCCCUGAUGAAUGGGAGGUCCCACGGGAGAAAAUUGCCUUGCUGCAAGAGUUGGGACAAGGCUCCUUUGGCAUGGUCUACGAGGGAAUCGCCAAAGACAUUGUGAAAGGCGAGGCGGAGACACGAGUAGCAGUCAAGACAGUAAACGAAACUGCCAGCCUGCGUGAGCGCAUUGAGUUCCUCAACGAGGCUUCUGUGAUGAAAGGUUUCAGCUGCCACCAUGUGGUUCGUCUCCUGGGAGUAGUAUCAAAAGGGCAACCAACACUAGUAGUUAUGGAGCUAAUGGCUCACGGAGACCUGAAAAGCUAUUUGAGGUCUUUACGGCCAGAUGCAGAGAAUAACCCUGGCCGCCCCCCUCCAACUCUCCAAGAGAUGAUUCAGAUGGCUGCUGAGAUUGCUGACGGCAUGGCUUAUCUGAACGCCAAGAAAUUUGUCCAUAGAGAUUUGGCAGCACGAAACUGUAUGGUGGCUGAAGAUUUCACAGUCAAAAUCGGAGACUUCGGCAUGACCAGAGAUAUCUAUGAGACAGACUAUUACCGCAAAGGAGGAAAGGGUCUGCUGCCUGUGCGCUGGAUGGCUCCAGAAUCAUUGAAGGAUGGUGUCUUCACGGCCUGUUCAGAUGUGUGGUCUUUUGGCGUUGUCCUUUGGGAGAUCAGCAGUUUAGCAGAGCAGCCUUACCAAGGACUCUCCAAUGAGCAGGUCCUCAAGUUUGUCAUGGAUGGGGGCUGCCUUGAAUGGCCAGAAAACUGUGCAGAGCGACUCCACAACCUCAUGCAGAUGUGUUGGCAGUACAAUCCCAAGAUGCGCCCCGCCUUUAUCGAGAUCAUUGAAAUGCUGAAGGAUGAUCUUCACCUGACUUUCCGAGAAGUCUCGUUUUUCUACAGCGAGGAGAAUAAGCCACCGGAGACAGAAGAGUAUGAGCUGGACUUUGAAAACAUGGAAAGCAUCCCUCUUGACCCAGCCUCUUACUCUCAGAGGGAUGAGAUCCUAGGGCGGGACAAUGGGCCCUCUCUAGGGUUCAAAGGGAACUAUGAGGAGCACAUCCCUUACACUCACAUGAAUGGUGGCAAGAAGAAUGGCCGUAUCCUCUCCAUGCCUCACUCAAGCCCAUCCUAAUAGACCCCUUGGCUUUUCCUCACGAUACAAAUCUCAGGACUUGCAGUAUUGCUGGCACAGCAUUUGAGACACACCGAUUUACUUUCUAUUCAGAUUUUUAAUCAUCAAAAUAGAACGGCCAUUGGGGUAGGGGAAGGUUUCUUGUGUGUUUCUGUUCUUCUUUUUUUGGUGCAACAAUUCACUUGCUGUCAGCGGACUUUAUCUGUGAAACAAAUGGACAAUUCUGUGGCUGCUGAUCUCCUCUCGUGCAACUCUGAUUUUGAGGUAGGAAGUGAUUUCACACAACAAAGUUGGAAAAGAGAACUUCUGUCUACCCCUUGUAUUGAGCGGAGGAACUGCGGGUUCUCUCUACUACUGCAGGGAAGGGAGCCUUGGACUGGAUCGUUCCCAAGCCGAACCUGAAGCUCUUCUCUUUUGCCAGCCUCUCUGGAGAACCUCUUUUGUGAUUUUAGCAUUUUUUAAAAAAAGACUGAAGGAUCUUCAGGAUGUGUGGAAUGUGGUCUGUCUUUUUCCUUUGAUUUGACCAACAGCUGCUGCUUUUCUUCUUAAUGGAUUAACUAGUAUGUGUGCCCUGAAUGUGUAUGUGUGUGUGUGUAUGGAGGUACAGGUGAAAAUGGAUAAGUCCUUUUGUACAUAAUAGUUUUAUCUAACCACAGAGGUGAGAGGGUGUCCCUGUCCUUCCUGCCUGGCCCAAAUUCCCCUGACACGAAUGAAUUUUGAAUACAUUAUUUUUAUACUGAAGAAACUCUUUGGGGGAUUGCAUCUCCUCUGCCAUUCAGCGAAACGAGGUAGCCAAAGUGGUAGCCAAUAUUCUGUUUAGGAUUUUGUGAGACAUUACAAGACUAAACAAGGCAAAACAAAGCCAAAUUCUCUCCCCUUCGUCUUACCGACCUGCCUCAUGACUCUGGAGCUCUGUCUGGUUAGCAUUAAGUGUAUAUGUUUGUUGUGACAUAUUUAAAUCAUAGAUAGUGAACCACCAUAUAAAUUAUUGACACCUUCCUUGAUUUUUGUUUGUUUGUUUGUUUAGCUUUUGCCCUAUGGAGGGGAAAAGAGGAGGAGCUUGCUUGUUUGGUCUUUAAGGGGCCUUAAGUGUGUAAACUGAUUCUAGCAAGUUAAGCGCUAGGAGAUAUAGUGCACAAACCUGUGCUUUAAUGUUCAAAUAAUAGAGUGGCAUGUGCAUAUUAAUUUUUCAAAACAUUUCACAACUCACCGUGAUGCAAAUUCUGAAACAGUUGGUCACCAAUGGUGAAAUCAAGCCUUAGCAGCUCUGACGGAGGUCUCUUAGCUCUGAAAGUUACAUGAAGCCUGCCUACAUUUUACUGGACUCUGUUACUCUUCCCCUUCCCAAUUUGUGGGGGUCAUUUCAGUAUGUGCCCGGACCAGAGAAGAGCUACUUAAUCUGUCAACUAGAAAACGUCCUAGCUAAGGGAGAGAAAAAAAAAAAA